GAUUUCGGGACGUAAUGAGGUGGUUUUAGAUUGCUGUCCUGGAUGGAGGCAAAUAGGGAAUGAAUGCCCUGAACCCUGCAGGUCGGGUACAUGGGGCCGUAGCUGUGCCAAUCCCUGUGACUGUCCCCCAACUACAAUCUGCAGCAGUGUCAACGGCACUUGCACCUGCCCACCUGGCUUACAGGGUAAUCAGUGUGAACAGGUCUGCGACCCAGGUCGGUUCGGACCCGGAUGUACAAGUGUUUGCGGAUGUUUGAAUGGAGCAGCCUGUGACGCGGUGACGGGGACGUGUGAUUGCCAACCGGGAUGGGUUGGCGAAAACUGUGAUAUCAGGUGCAGUUGUAUGAAUGGAGGAAUUUGUACUAAUUUGGAUGGGACAGCCUGUAGUUGUCCAGCCGGCUGGACGGGUGAUAGAUGUGCGGAACCAUGUGCUCCAGGAUUCUACGGCGAAGGUUGCCUUCAGCGGUGUACCUGUCAACAUAACGGAAUUUGUAACCCUGUGAAUGGAUCUUGUACCUGCGGGCCAGGUUGGAUGGGUGAGCGAUGUGCAGAGAUGUGUCCUUGGGGUUGGUAUGGAAAGGAUUGUGUCACCGAAUGCAUCUGCAACAAUGGAGCAGGAUGUAGCAAUGUGGAUGGAUCUUGCUUCUGUCGGUCGGGUUGGAAAGGUCGGCAGUGUGAUGUACCAUGCGAGCCAGGUCGGUACGGACCAGGAUGCAAGAGACCCUGCAGGUGUCAACACGGUGGACGAUGCAACCACCAGAGUGGUCUGUGUUACUGUACUGCAGGAUGGACCGGACGAUUCUGUCAUCUUACUUGUCCAGAGGGAUAUUAUGGCGAAGAAUGUGGAAACAAGUGCCGUUGCCAGAAUGGGGAGUGUGAUCACAUCACAGGGGAAUGCUCGUGCUUUGGAGGAUGGACAGGAGAGCGUUGUGAACUGCCAUGCGCAGAGGGUUACCACGGAAGGGAUUGUAGAAAUAAAUGUUCGUGUAUGAACGGGGCCAGUUGCAACCCUGUGGACGGAUCGUGCGAGUGCUUACCUGGUUGGAUGGGGGAAAUUUGUAACCAGGUUUGUGAAGAAGGUUUCCACGGGCAAGCCUGCCGGAUGACAUGCUCUUGUGAAUACGAUGCAAAAUGUAACCACGUCACUGGAGAAUGUGGAUGCCCAUCAGGGAUGACCGGACCAGGGUGCAAUGAGACUUGUCCUGCAGGAACCUUUGGUCAUGGAUGCAGUCAAGAAUGUGAAUGUCUUCAUGCAAGUGGUUGCGAUCCUAAGUAUGGAACCUGCCAGUGCGAACCUGGUUGGACUGGCAAGUGGUGCCAGUAUCCGUGUGAGAAAGGUCGGUACGGUGACGGGUGUUCAGAAGUCUGUCAGUGUCAGAAUGGGGCUUUAUGUGACUCGAUAAACGGUUCUUGUUCGUGUCUUCACGGAUUUCAUGGGGAGUUCUGUGACAUGGAAUGCCCACAUGGUACCUUUGGACAGUCAUGUGUCAGUGAUUGCACAUGUCUACAUGGCGCGUCGUGUCAUCACGUGAAUGGUUCGUGCACGUGUUUACCAGGAUACGUUGGGAUAGACUGUGAGUUCAGAUGCGAUACAGGAUUCUUUGGCGAAGGAUGUACAGGUGAAUGCUCGUGCAAGAAUGGCGCCCAGUGUGACCACGAGACCGGUUUUUGCAGUUGUACCUCCGGGUGGUUUGGAGAACAGUGUGAUUCACCAUGUCCAGUUGGACGAUUUGGAAUUAGUUGCUUGGAGGAAUGCAGAUGUGAAAAUGGUGCAGCAUGUCUACCGGAAGAUGGCACAUGUAUCUGCCGCCCAGGCUGGACAGGUACAAACUGUAGCGAAGAGUGUCAUACAAACACCUUUGGUGAGUUUUGCUCAGAGAACUGCAGAUGUGAACAUGACGGGGAAUGUCAUCAUGUGGAUGGCUCAUGCAAAUGUCAAGCAGGUUGGACAGGAAAAUAUUGUCAAGAUUCAUGCCCAGAAGGCUCUUUUGGUACGAACUGCCAAGAGUCUUGCUCUUGCUUUAAUGGAGCAACAUGCGACUCUGUUUCAGGAAAUUGUGUUUGUUCUGCAGGAUGGGCAGGUCAAACAUGCAAUGAAACUUGUCCUGAAGGACUUUAUGGGCUUGACUGUUCAAGUGUCUGCUCAUGCGAAAAUGGAGCUGUCUGUGACAAUGUACUCGGAUGUAUUUGCAAAGGAGGGUGGCAAGGACUACGAUGCAACCAACCAUGCAAGGAAGGCACAUUUGGAGACAAUUGCCAGGAUGUGUGCAACUGCCAAAACGGUGGGCAUUGUCAUCAUGUAAUUGGAUGUGUAUGUCCACCGGGUUGGGUUGGGCAUCAAUGUCAAAAUAGAUGCCCCAUCGGGUCAUUUGGGACAGACUGUUCUCAGAAAUGUAACUGUGGAGAAAAUGGGGAUUGUCAUCCAGUACUUGGAUGUGUUUGUAAGACGGGCUGGGUGGGUCGGGAUUGCCAGGACAGGUGUCCAGAGGGCCACUUUGGGGAUCGGUGCGAGGAAAGAUGCAGCUGCCAUAACAACGCGACCUGUCAUCACGUCUAUGGAUGCCAAUGUCCAGACGGCUGGACCGGAACAUUCUGUAACAAGUCCUGCGUUGAAGGUUUCUUUGGUAAAGGCUGUCUCGAAAAGUGUAGCUGUCAUCAUGGAACCUGCGACCCUGUGGUUGGGUGUCUUUGUAAAGACGGUUGGCAGGGGGAACACUGUAACGUCACCUGCUCAAAUGGAUGGCAUGGGCCAGGGUGUAUGCGGAAGUGCCUGAAUUGCCAACAUGACGGUGUUUGUCACCAUGAGACGGGAAGCUGUGUCUGCCCACCUGGAUAUAUCGGGAAAAGAUGCCAGAGGUCUUGUCCAAGAGGUUACUUCGGGUCAGGUUGCAAGCAAGUAUGUGACUGUGGUCUCGACAGCGACUGUGAGCCAACAACUGGCGCUUGCAAAGAUACCUUUGAAGUGAAUCUCACAGAGAGGGGUAGCGGCAACAUUCAAAGACAGGAGCUCCGAGAUACGAUGCCCACUCCCUUCUUUAUGUACGCAAUCAUUGCUGGUGGCGCUCUUGCACUUUUAGUUCUUAUCGUGUUCACGUUGGUUGCUUCACAUCGAUUCCGCUUCGUUCAUCGAGGCACAUACGAAACGGGUGAACGCUUAGAAGACCUACUUGCUGGUGAUAUAAAGAAUCUAGAUGUUAACAGAAACAGGACAAAGACAAAUGGUGCUUUAGCAACGAGAGUGGCUGAGGAGAGACGGCGUAGCAUGACUUCACUGUUAUCAUCUUCAGACAAACGGCAUUCUCGGACCACCUCGUCACUCUUCAAUUUCCAGUUCGGCAAGUGUGUGGAAGAAGAAUACGAUGUAAGGCGAAGCACGACAAACAGUCUCAACCGGAAACCCAUCCCAUUUCCUCGGGAUCCGAGCAAAAUACGAACCAUCCUUUCGCUGGCGCCGAACAGAACGUCAUCGGACGUUUCAAAAUCGGUGACAGACUUUUUAAGAUCGUCGGGUGUCGAUCUGAGAAUACCCAUUGACGAUGUCGUUGAUGUCGAAGGGACGGACGAUGUAUUUGUCGAGGACAAGAACGAUAUCAACAAGACGCAAUUAGCUCUGGAGGACAUUGCUGAAUCAGAGAAGGUUGAACUGUCAGUCGAUGUCACGCAAACUACAAACAGUGUUCCUUCUGCACCUCCAGAUGUUACUCUGGAGAGUGGCGAGGUCACAUCAUGAAUUUACAUCUUGUGAUCUACUUAAAAAGAACGAAACCAACUUUUAUAAAGUUGAUGGAAGAAAUGCAGAAAUAAAGGUGCGGUGCACUGAAGGCUUUAGUUGACAUCUGGCAUUGCAAGCCGUAUGGUCAAGUUUUUCAAUUGGCACACAAUAAAAUCCUAUGCAACAGGCUACUAUGCAGUAUCCAUGAUAUGCAUAAUAAUCUUGGUGCUAUGCUUGGUUAUGCAAGUUUGAUGAUUUCUUCAUCCAUUUGUUAAGAUGAGUCCAGAGUCUUUUUUUUAAUUCACUCUUUGAUAAAGAUUUGCGUUUUUUUCUUCAAAACUUUACAUCAUCAUUACAAACGUAACGAAAUCAAAUGAUAAAUGUUUGAGAAAAGAUACAAUUCUGUUGUCAGCAGAUAUCGGCCUACAUAAUGUAGUAAACGCGUAAAAUCGAUUAUGAAAAAAUAUUGAUAAAUGAAAGUUUGUUGAAAAAUUUAAAAAGAGACAAAUAGAAAUAAAAUAUUAGAAUUUAAGCGCAUAUUUAUCUUAAUAUUCAUAUUUGUUUCAGUUUUCAAAGAUGAAAAAAAAUAGAGCCUUGAUGUAUUCUUUCUAUGGAGUUGAUUGAUUGAUUUAUAAUGAAUUGGAGUGAGGUCAGUAAUUCGAAUUCAAAUUGUUUUUUUUUUUUUCCUUCAUAGAAUCGUAUGAUAGAAAAUGUAUACUUCCAAAUACUGAAAUAUUGCUAUUACUGAAUAAACAUUAAUCCCCAAGUAAUCAACAUUUUUAGAUUUGUGUGCAUUGUUCUCACUCUCUGGGCGGGGCCCUGAACAGACAUGAUAUAAAAAGUUUUAAAUAGUAAUGAUAAUAAAAAGUGAAGUAUCUUUAAAUAUUUUUCUUUAACCCUAAAAGGACUGGGGGACAUAAUACCCCCCCCCCCCUCAACGCUUCGCGCGAUAUUUCAGAAACGCAAAUAGCGCUGCAAAAUUGUACGACUUUUUUUUUUAAGUGUCGCGCAACUUUUGAGACCAAAAUCGCGACUUACGGGUAUAGCACGUAGAGCAUCGCGACGCCACGUGACUUUUUACGAGACAAUAUGCCGAAAAUGACUCAUUUUUAUACUUUGUGUACAAAGUCUAUGGGAGAUGUAAUUCAUAAAAGGGUGAUUAUUUUUCGUUUUAAUUGGUCUGCUUAAUUAAUUUAGGGUUUGAUUUAUUUCUUAAAUGGUCUGUAAUACAUUCCAUUUAAAAAAAACAAUGAAAAGCAAAAGAUAAAAAAAAAUACAUAAGAAAUUAUAAAAACAAAGAAAUACAUAGGGAAAAAAAUAGGCUUUUGCAAUUUUUCUUUGUGGAAACCUUUAAAUUAGAUUACAAAGAUGACAUCUGGAAAAAAACGAGGAAAAUUUGAAGUGAAAUUUGGUGUUAAAUAUGAAAAUAAUUUUUUUCACAAAUGAAUUUGCACAUUUUAUUUAUGAAAUAA